CUGGGUCUCUCUGUGGGACGACCCCACCACCCUCCCCACCCCACCACCCCAGCCGCCUUCUCACAGAUAGACUCUCAUUGUCAGAGCCCUUACUGGGAAAUCAGCUGGGAGAUACCGAGAGGGACAAUCCACAGACUCCAAAAUAACACCAUUAGCAUUUCAUUCAAAGCCAGAUCUUUUCCCCCGUUCCCAGUCAGUCAGUCAGUCAGUGCUCAGACAGGGUGAGUGUCUGUCUUUCACAUGGAGAAAGUGUUACCCUUUCCACACUACCAUACCGACUCAAACUGUACUUCACUGUGCUGGCUCUGAUUAACAUUGUCCUUUCAAGCAUGGUUCCAGCAACUAUGUUGGAAACAUAACCAGUACAGCUUGGCUCAGCUCAGUAGUUUGAAAAUGGCAUAUAAAUGAGGCCGGGUUGUGAGGCAGGGUGGGGCCAUGUCAGGUCACCAAGCAGGCUGUGGGUUGGGGUGGAGAGGGUUAAUGUCUUUCUCUCCCAGUGGGUGAGCUGGGCUUAUGGGUUGUGUUUGGGGUCACUGACACUGAUUGGAGUUCAACUCUGAUACGGCAAUCUCUCUCUGUCUCUCUCUCCCUCUUUCUCUCUCUCCUUCUUUCUCUCUCUGUCUAUCCCCCCCAUCCCUCGAUCCCUCUCUCUCCCACAUACUCAUCCUCCUCACCCUCUCUCUCCCACACUUAUCGUCAUCUCUCAAUCCCUCCAGAUGUGGAACAUAUGGCUAUUGACUGGCUGACAGGAAACUUCUACUUUGAGGACAACGUGGACGAUCGUAUCUUUGUGUGCAACGCGGACGGCCAGACGUGCGUCACCCUGCUGGAUCAGGAGCUCUACAACCCUAAAGGCAUCGCCCUGGACCCCCUGAUGGGGUGAGCACUACCCCACUAACAACCCCUGAGACCCCUAAAUUAGUGACCACAGAAGACCAUUUGUUUACUUCCCCCUGGUCCUUCUGGUCAGAUGAAUGCUGACCCAGCCCUUAGUCACUGAAAACACUUCCUCCUCUGAUCACUUCAUCUUGCUGACGGUGACACUUCAAAAUAGUUUGGUACAUCCUGUAUAGUUCCUUUUUACAAAGUGUCACUUCUCAGUUUUGGAUGGCAUCUCCUGGUGAAGGAUGUAGACAACUACUUUACUAACCACACUCAAAUAUUAAUUAAGGAAGUACAGGUAGUCUGAUGGAAUAUACGGUCAGUCCUCCCUUUCCUCUAUCUAAUCUUCCUACACACUCAUGGUUUCUUCAUCUCCUCUCUCUCUCUCUCUCUCUCUCUCUCUCUCUCUCUCUAUCUCUCUCUCUCUAUCUCUCUCUCUCUAUCUCUCAUCUCUCAUCUCUCCCUACAGGAAGGUGUUCUUCACAGACUACGGUCAGACUCCCAAGGUGGAGCGUUGUGACAUGGAUGGUCAGAACCGGACCAAGCUGGUGGAAAGUAAGAUCGUGUUCCCCCACGGUAUCACCCUGGACUUGGUCAACCGGCUGGUCUACUGGGCCGACGCCUACCUGGACUACAUAGAGGUUGUGGACUACGAGGGCAAGAACAGACACACCAUCAUACAGGGCCUGCUGGUGAGGAAAUGAAUGACUCAAGGAAGAUGUUCCAUUAAAACAGAUACAGACAUAGACAGGCACGCACACACACAACCACCAACUCCGCCUGUGUGUCUGUUGUUCAUUCUGUCAGAUUGAGCAUCUGUAUGGGCUGACGGUGUUUGAGAACUACCUGUACGCCACCAACUCAGACGAGGGCAACUUGAACCACGCUAAGACAAGCGUGAUCCGUGUCAACCGCUUCAACUCCUCUGACUUCACGGUGGUGACCCGGGUGGACCGCAGCGCCGCCCUGCACGUGUACCAUCAGAGACGCCAACCCCCAGGUAGGUACACACCCACAACCCCCAUGUAUUUACCCAGAACAGGCACUGCAGGUAUGGGGCAAUCGUUGCCGUGGAGGUUGGUAUGUAGUGUGGUCAGGCUUUUGUUCCAGCCCGGCACGUGUACCACUAGAGACGCCAACCUCCAUGUACAGUGGGGAGAACAAGUAUUUGAUACACUGCCGAUUUUGCAGGUUUUCCUACUUACAAAGCAUGUAUAGGUCUGUCAUUUUUUAUCAUAGGUACACUUCAACUGUGAGAGACGGAAUAAAAAAAUCCAGAAAAUCACAUUAUAUGAUUUUUAAGUAAUUAAUUUGCAUUUUAUUGCAUGACAUAAGUAUUUGAUACAUCAGAAAAGCAGAACUUAAUAUUUGGUACAGAAACCUUUGUUUGCAAUUACAGAGAUCAUACGUUUCCUGUAGGUCUUGACCAGGUUUGCACACACUGCAGCAGGGAUUUUGGCCCACUCCUCCAUACAGACCUUCUCCAGAUCCUUCAGGUUUCGGGGCUGUCGCUGGGCAAUAUGGACUUUCAGCUCCCUCCAAAGAUUUUCUAUUGGGUUCAGGUCUGGAGACUGGCUAGGCCACUCCAGGACCUUGAGAUGCUUCUUACGGAGCCACUCCUUAGUUGCCCUGGCUGUGUGUUUCGGGUCGUUGUCAUGCUGGAAGACCCAGCCACGACCCAUCUUCAAUGCUCUUACUGAGGGAAGGAGGUUGUUGGCCAAGAUCUCGUGAUACAUGGCCCCAUCCAUCCUCCCCUCAAUACGGUGCAGUCGUCCUGUCCCCUUUGCAGAAAAGCAUCCCCAAAGAAUGAUGUUUCCACCACCAUGCUUCACGGUUGGGAUGGUGUUCUUGGGGUUGUACUCAUCCUUCUUCUUCCUCCAAACACGGCGAGUGGAGUUUAGACCAAAAAGCUCUAUUUUUGUCUCAUCAGACCACAUGACCUUCUCCCAUUCCCCCUCUGGAUCAUCCAGAUGGUCAUUGGCAAACUUCAGACGGGCCUGGACAUGCGCUGGCUUGAGCAGGGGGACCUUGCGUGCGCUGCAGGAUUGCGUGACGGCGUAGUGUGUUACUAAUGGUUUUCUUUGAGACUGUGGUCCGAGCUCUCUUUAGGUCAUUGACCAGGUCCUGCCGUGUAGUUCUGGGCUGAUCCCUCACCUUCCUCAUGAUCAUUGAUGCCCCACGAGGUGAGAUCUUGCAUGGAGCCCCAGACCGAGGGUGAUUGACCGUCAUCUUGAACUUCUUCCAUUUUCUAAUAAUUGCGCCAACAGUUGUUGCCUUCUCACCAAGCUGCUUGCCUAUUGUCCUGUAGCCCAUAUCAGCCUUGUGCAGGUCUACAAUUUUAUCCCUGAUGUCCUUACACAGCUCUCUGGUCUUGGCCAUUGUGGAGAGGUUGGAGUCUGUUUGAUUGAGUGUGUGGACAGGUGUCUUUUAUACAGGUAACGAGUUCAAACAGGUGCAGUUAAUACAGGUAAUGAGUGGAGAACAGGAGGGCUUCUUAAAGAAAAACUAACAGGUCUGUGAGAGCCAGAAUUCUUACUGGUUGGUAGGUGAUCAAAUACUUAUGUCAUGCAAUAAAAUGCAAAUUAAUUACUUAAAAAUCAUACAAUGUGAUUUUCUGGAGUUUUGUUUUAGAUUCAGUCUCUCACAGUUGAAGUGUACCUAUGAUAAAAAUUACAGACCUCUACAUGCUUUGUAAAUAGGAAAACCUGCUAAAUUGGCAGUGUAUCAAAUACGUGUUCUCCCCACUGUAGGUACACGCCUAGGGUUGCAAAAUUACGGUUUUCCAGAAAUCCUGGUUGAAAGAAUCCAGAUGGGUAUCUAUCUAUCUGUCUGUAUCAAUCAUCAUAGUUGUUGCCAUGUUGGUGCCUAGUGCUGACCUCUGACCCCUCUCUUGUCCCCUGGUGCCCAGUGAGAGAGAAGAGUCAUGCGUGUGCCCCGGACCAGUUUAAGAAGCCAGGAGGCUGCUCAGACAUCUGUCUGCUGGGGAACAGCCACAAGACCCGGACCUGCCGCUGUCGCUCUGGAUUCAGCCUGGGCAGUGACGGGAAGUCCUGCAAGAGUAAGUACUUUACAUACGUGAAGUUUUGAAUUGAAUUGAAUCCCAUACACUGAGCAUAGCACGAAAAUCACACACAACAGCAUAGCACAGAACUCCAUACAGCACAGAUCUGCAAUUUAUAUUAUAGUAAUAUGAGUUGAAAUAAGUCUCUAGAACAUAACUUUUAUAUUUACAUACUCUUUGGACAGAACAUAUCUUGUUUUGUUGCUCAGAUCUUGUAACUAACCGUUCAGCGAUAUUCCCAUGUUGAUGAUGUAAUGUUGUCGAUGUUCCCUCUGCAGAACCUGAACACGAGUUGUUCCUGGUGUACGGUAAGGGUCGCCCUGGCAUCAUCCGUGGCAUGGACAUGAAUGCCAAGGUCCCAGACGAGUUCAUGAUCCCCAUUGAGAACCUGAUGAACCCGCGGGCGCUGGACUUCCACGCCGAGAGCGAGUUCAUCUACUUCGCUGAUGCCGUCAGUUACAUCAUCGGACGGCAGAAGAUUGACGGCACGGAGAGAGACACCAUCCUGAAGGAUGGUAAGGAAUGUCUGAUCUAGUACCAUAGUAUUUAACAUUUAAUGCGUUACAACAACCCUCAGUUCCACCCUAUUGCAGAAUUUAAUCGCAAUGCAUAUAGAUUUGGGAUGCAUUUAGAAUCGCAAUAUAUAUUGAAUGUAUCAUGACAGAAAUGAUAGAAGUAAUGUUAUGUGGUCAUGAAGUCAUGAAAGGCAUGGUGGACAGUCACCCUCAUUCCCUCCCUCUCUCUCUCCCUUCCUCUAUCCCUCUGUCCCUUCCGCCCCCCUUUCUUUCCCUCAGGCGUCCACACCGUGGAGGGGAUAGCGGUAGACUGGAUGGCAGGUAACCUGUAUUGGACAGACGACGGGCCCAUGAAGACCAUCAGUGUGGCCAGGCUGGAGAAGGCCUCUCAGACACGCAAGACCCUCAUAGAGGGCAAGAUGACCCACCCCCGUGCCAUCGUAGUGGACCCCCAGCACGGGUCAGACAUUUUCGCCCUCCUUAUGUUCCUUUGCUACAGUAUACAUCUCACACAGACCUCAAUCUAUGAGAAUGUAUUGGAAAAUGUUGGCAACUUUCCCAAAAUGACCAGGUUUUCCAGAAAUCCCGGUUGGAGGAUUCCUGGAUUUCCUGCUUAUUUGCUCGUGAUUCCAGGAAUCUUCCAACCAGGAUUUCUGGAAAACCUGGGAAUUUUGGGAAAGUUACUGGAAUUUUCCACUCUUAGUAUUGAUUUAACAGAGCGUGUGGUACUGUUCCAGGUGGAUGUACUGGACGGACUGGGAGGAGGACCCCAAGAAGACUAACCGAGGGAAGAUCAAGAAGGCGUGGAUGGACGGCUCUCACGACCAGGUCCUGCUGACCAGUAAAACAGUGCUGUGGCCCAACGGUCUGAGUCUGGACAUCCCACAGGGCAUCCUGUACUGGGUGGACGCCUACUACGACCGCAUCGAGUUGAUUUACCUUAACACCACCGAGCGCAGGGUCAGUUCGACUGGUUACCAAGCCUUAACCCUAAUGAUAAUGAUCGUGAUAGUAACACUGGUUGUCACAAAUGUAAAACCUUCCCACUGGAUACCAGGGUUCAGUCCUCACGUCCACCCUUCCCACUGUUUCUCACACCUGCCUAUAUCCCCCUCUGAUUGCCAAACUGUCUAAACAAAGUGUCCAAAAAUAUAUGUAAAAAAGGGUUAUAUGGUUUUCACCAUGACCAUGAUCCAUGUGCCAUGAUCCUCUUCUCUCUUUCUGAUUGGUCAGAAUGUGUACGAGGGAAACGAGUUGAACCACGCCUUCGGCCUGUGUCACUACAAGCACUUCCUGUUCUGGAACGAGUACCGUGGCGGCAGCAUCUUCAAACUAGACACCAUCACCAGCACCGUCACGCUGCUCCGCAACGAACGUCCACCCCUCUUCGAGAUCCGUGUGUAUGACGCUCACCAGCAGCAAGGUAACUUUACUGGUAACACUUAAUGGGUAACACUAUAUGGGUAACACUUAAUGGGUAACACUAUAUGGGUAACACAUUGAACACGUUUAACAGUGUCAUAAGCACGUCAUAAAGUGUCAUCAUAACACAUGCCAAAACUUCUUAUGCCACAAAACCAUAAAAGGUUAUAAUAUAUCAGUGAUUUAGCUAGUCUAGAUAUGAAUGAAUGAAUACUUUAAUGUCCCAUAGGGAUAUUUGCUUGGUAACAAUGCUAACAGACCUGUCUGCCUUUCUUCUGUUUGUGUUUCUAUAGGCACCAACCUGUGUCGUGUGAAAAACGGCGGCUGCAGCAGUCUGUGUCUGGCUAUCCCUGACGGCAGGUCCUGUGGCUGUGCUGACGACCAGAUACUGGAUGACGACAAUGUCACCUGUAAAGGUAUGCAUUGGGACGCUCUCAGGAAGGUCUUAAAUUAGAAUAGUUUAAAUGAUUACUGUACUGAUCUGGAAUGUCCAUGUUUAAGCUGGUGUGUAGAGAAGCAAAUGUCACAGACAUGCUUUCUUUAGCUGAAUUGGUUGUAAAACCCCUCAUAAGUAGAUCAAUCCAUCCCAUAUAUGAACAGCUGAGAUUGAGAGACAUUGCUUUGCUACAGUAUCCGUAACAGUUCUCUCCUUUUCUCUCUCCAGCCAACCCCACCUACAUCCCUCCUCCUCAGUGUCAGCCAGGGGAGUUUGCCUGUAAGAACAACCGCUGUAUCCAGGAGCGAUGGAAGUGUGACGGUGACAAUGACUGUCUGGACAACAGUGACGAGGCGCCCGAGCUCUGCCGUGAGUAGUGUCACACCGCCACGCCGUCGCCGGGGUUACUGAGCAACACACACACACACAACGACAACUCACACACGACACACAACGACAACUCACACACGACACACACAGUUGAGAAUCAUGUGCUGUGAAUUAGCAGCAGCAGUGCAUGAGCUACAGUUAAAUCCAAGCCCUAAUACUUCCUCUUCUUUGAGCCAUCCAUCAAUCACCAUUAAAUAUCAAUUGAGUGUUAAAUAGGUCAAUCGUUUCUCCAUCCAACUCUCUCUUCAUUCGACAAUUAUUAACACUAGGUUUCCUCUGUGUGUACAUGAAAGUUCUUUAUGUCUCUAAUGCUUGGCUGGAGACCAAGUUGUCCCACUUCCAGUGGAUGACGGAGCCAUCAGAGUAGCAGAAGCUCAAUCAUCCCCGAACAUAAUGUGCUUAUAGCUGUGUAAUGUCCACUUUAUGAACUUACAGUUAACAUAAAUAGUUACUGAAUAUCCCUAAUAUUAGUCCAGUUAUAGAAGACUCCUCUAUGACCUAGUCUCUCAUAGUGAUACUGUAUACGCUUGUCUAAUUCUAUUGAUCUUACAUUCAAAUUCGAAUGUUCUAAUUCUACUGUGUUUCUUCUCCCUCCUCCAGACCAGCACACGUGUCCAUCGGACCGGUUCAAGUGUCAGAACAACCGCUGUAUCCCGCUGCGCUGGCUCUGUGACGGGGACAACGACUGUGGCACCGAUGAGGAUGAGUCUAAUACUACCUGCUCAGGUAGACACACACACACACACACACACACACACACACACACAUAGACACACUACAUACGCUAUACACACCCGCCCUUCCCAUCUCUCUCUAAUGCUGUUAUCCUACACCCUUCUCCAGCUCGUACGUGCCCGCCCAACCAGUAUGCGUGUGCCAGUGGGCGCUGCAUCCCUACCUCCUGGAAAUGUGACCUGGAUGAUGACUGUGGGGACCGUUCUGAUGAGCCGGCCUCCUGUGGUGGGUCCUUCUCACAUCACACAUCACCUCUGUAGCAUUCUAUUCUUUGUAGUUUAAUGUUGGAAACUUAACUCACUAUACCUGAAGCCCGGUCACCAGAUGUACUUAUGCUUUAGCCAAGCAAGAGUUUGGUUAGUUUGAUUUAUUUUUAUUUUUUUUACACUCUCACUACUUAGUUUGAAGUGGGCCAAGAGAGGUCUGUUUGUUGCCCAUGGUGGUGUUUCUAGGAUGUCAUUUUUAAAGGUUCCCUUUUACCUCUCCUUCUCCCCAGCCUACCCAACCUGCUUCCCCCUCACCCAGUUCACCUGUGCCAACGGACGCUGCAUCAACGUCAACUGGCGCUGUGACAAUGGUGAGCAUAAAUCUUCUUCAAGCAUUAUAAGCAUUAGAAUUCAUAAGCAUUUACAACCUGUAUAAUAAUGUAUUCAUUCUUAAAAGUCUAAGCCUUUGUGGGUGGGGGUGUUCUAAGCUGACAUAUGGAAUUGCUUUAAGAUGGUCAUACUAUGGAUCAUUUAGCUAAAACUACCUGGAACCGGUUACCCUCAGACAAGUCCCGUGACACUUGUGGGGUCACAUUAUUUUGUAGCCCAAAUGGUUCGGACGCUACAAACAGAAGUUGGCACAUCAACGGUACCAACUUCAGACGAGCCAUAGACAAAACGGAGACCAUUUGUGAGAGUCUCCCCUUUCCAUAGACUGGUCAUAAUAGUUUUUUAGGUCAAACCAUUUGGACGCUACAGACGUUUUGGAGAGAAGACCGAUUUUUGGGGUGUCUCAUGGUCUGAUGCGGAAGUGUGACAUCGGCGGAUGUGGAGGAUUGAGACGCAGCCCAUACAAAACAAUGAUAUCUCUAGCUUAAACUGAUUUUGAUGGGGAUUUUUUUGUUAUGUAACUUGUUAUGUGUUAUGAUAUUUCUUAUGUUUGUAUUAUGUUACGCACCGGUGCGUCAAUCGACAUUUAUAAUGGCUUAUUCAUGAAAGUUAGAAAUAAAUGUUACCUGUGUGUCUCUGUGCGUGUGUGCGUGUGUGUGUGUGCGCGCCUGCCCUUUUCCGCCUGUGUCUCUCUUUCUCGCUGUGUGUUCAGACAACGACUGUGGUGACAACAGUGAUGAGGCAGGCUGCAGCCACUCCUGCUCCAGUGUUCAGUUCAAGUGUAACAGCGGCCGCUGCAUCCCUGAGUACUGGACCUGUGACGGGGACAACGACUGUGGAGACUACAGCGACGAGACCCACGCCAACUGUACCAACCAGGGUGAGUUCUGGUACUGGUACUGCCGCUGUGCUCUUGAGCAAGGCACUUGACCCCUAAACUGCCCCAGAGGCUACCCUGGCUUCCAACUCCUCUGGGCGAAUUUGGACUAGUAUUGUUAUUCUACUGUACCACCCCAAUGGAGGUUAUAGAGCACACGGCAGGAGAGUGACAUUGUGCUCAUAGUGAAAUUAAAGUGUUUGCAUGAUUCUAACAGUCUGCAUUGCAGUUUGCAUUGCUCUUCACGUGAAGGAGAGUAUACAGUAUAUAUCCCAAUACCCAUAUAUGUCCUCUUUUUAGUAUACUAGUAUAUUAUCACCACAUUAAAUGCCUGUAUCCAUUUUCAGGCUGUGUAUAUGUUGUUGUUUGGAGUGUGUAGUAUGUUUGUUAGACUGUUGACAGGUUCAGUGUUGUGCUUGCUGUGCUCUCUGUACCGUCUGCAUGCCUCAGCCUGCCCCGUAGCCCCAGGACAUCACUUUAAGCGAAUCCUUUAAUGUUGCUGCUCUCAGGGAUGUGGUUUAUGCUCUGCGGUUAGCUAAGCAUUCACACAGAUCUCAAAACAAAACAUUAACAAUGCCUCUCUUCAGUAUGGCUUACUGAAAUUGUCCGGUUGUUUAAUGAUGGCUGGUCACAUCCAACUUCACUUCACUUUAAGUACCGUCAUGAAAAAAAAUAAUGAUAAUGACUUGGUAAUGGCUGUGUGGCUUUGGCAGAGAUCAGAGGAGGCCAGGCAGCUCUUCCAAAGCCCCCUCUCUUUCCUGUCUCUCUCUCGCGCGCUCUCUCUCUCUCUCUGUCGCUCUGCUUUUUCUUCAGCUCUCAGUUUGGGUUUGAGAGAAGAGUUAAUUGCUUAGAAGUUGGCCUGCCCUGGAAUGGCAGGGCAGAGGUGUGUGUGUGUGUGCGUGUCUGCAUGUGUGUGUGCAUGACUGUUUGAGUCCAGCAUGCAACAUUGAGCCCAGCAUGGCCUUCUGGCCUAAUGAGAGAUCUGUGCUUUGUGUGUGUGUGUGUGUGUGUGUGUGUGUGUGUGUGUGCGCGCGCCAAACCCUCUGGAAGUCAUUAGUUUGAGAAGAAAAGCAAUACUGUUGCCGUCCCCUCUGUCUCACAUAUUGUAUUCCACUUGGGAGAAAGUCCUGGGCCUGUUCCUUAUGCCCCUAUGCCAACUCUUGCCAUGAAGGGAUGUCAUUAUUCCACUUCCUUAAUGAUGUCCUUAACAUCAGGCGAUGAUGUCCGUGGGAACAGAACAGCUUGUCAUUGUUUGUUUAUGACAGAGACCCAUCUGGAGACUUAACCCAUUCUGACCCUGCAGAUCUACAUGUCAAUGGCUAACUGGACUGGAUUGUGAUAUUUAAAGUGUUAUGACGGUUUCCUGUCUCUAUUAUUGAAUGGAGUUUCUGUAAUUAAAGUGUGCUUUCUCUUAGCUUGUUGCUCACCGUACUCUAUCCCCUCUGCUAUUGGCUAACUCCGCUGUCUCUUCCUGUGUCUCCCUAGCAACCCGUCCUCCCGGUGGUUGCCACGUGGAUGAGUUCCAGUGUCGCAUGGACGGCCUGUGCAUCCCCAUGCGCUGGCGCUGUGACGGGGACACAGACUGCAUGGACCUGAGUGAUGAGAGCGACUGUGAGGGAGUGACACACAUGUGUGACCCAGCCGUCAAGUUCAGCUGCAGGAACUCUGGUGAGUUUGUGGUGGCCUUUUCAGCCAUCAAGUGAAAUUAGCUAACCACUCUCUCUUCCUGUCUCUUCCUCUCUGCUAUUGGCUAACUGAGUUGUUGGCCUUUAGUGUUUUAAUCAGACCAGUUAGUGAGGGUUCAGGAAGUAUGUAUAGCCCUCAUCAGAUUAGUCAGUGAGAAGUCAGAAAUCUUCUUGCCCUUAAGCCUGUAGAUGCCAUAAUGGUAACAGCCAUAUAUCAGAGCAAGUAGUCUUCAUCUAGUCAGUCAUGACAGCAGUGUCUGGGCGGGUGGACACACACAUACUAUCAAACAUACUGUAUCACUUAAGAGAGCUUGUUAUCCCAAGGGGCUUGUUGUGACAGAUUAUGACAACAAGCUGCUCUCUGAGAAUGAGGAUAGCUUUUACGCAUGGAAUUAAGAUGUCUGGAUUAACAUGGCCAGCAGCAUUCACCAACAGACUGAAUUACUCUAGUUCUUUUGAUUGAUUUCCUAGCAGAAGUCUGAGUUCAGCAUGCCAUAGCAGCCAUCACAAGGGUACAUCUAUGUAUCUCUAUUAAGAGUUGAUUUUGCCAGUUUUUUCGGGAUGUCCCUUUUCAUGUUGCCAUGAUGUUUCAUUGUCCCUUCAGCGUGGUGUAUCAGUAAGGCCCUGGUGUGUGAUCUUCUGUUUGGCGGUCUCCUCAGCCUGUUGUAUCAGUAAGGUGUGACUUCUGACCUUUACCCUUUGACCUGUCCCCAGCUCGUUGUAUCAGUAAGGCCUGGGUGUGUGACGGGGACAGUGACUGUGAGGACAACUCAGACGAGGACAACUGUGAGACGUUGGUGUGUAAGCUGUCCCACCACGUCUGUGCCACCAACGACUCUAUCUGUCUGCCCGCUGAGAAGCUGUGUGACGGUACUGAUGACUGCCCCGACGGCUCUGACGAGAAACUCUGUGGUAAGAACACCCCGUGCACACACUUUCAAACACACACACACUCACUCUCCCUACCAAUAACUAUACCACCUUGGUCAAGGUAGGAAUUCCCUCAAACCACACAACUAUAUGAUUUACCCCCCCACCCCCUCUCUCUCCCUCUCCCUCUCCCUCUCCCUCUCCCUCUCCCUCUCCCUCUCCCUCUCUACUCUCAACUCGCCACCCUUCACAGACCUGUGCUCCAUAGACAAUGGCGGAUGCAGCCACAACUGCUCCAUCAUCCCUGGGGAGGGCUUCAUGUGUUCCUGCCCCCUGGGCAUGGAGCUGGGCGUCGACAACAAGACCUGCCAGAUCAUGAACCUCUGUGCCAAGCACCUCAAGUGUAGCCAGAAGUGUGAGCAAGAGAAGAGCACUGUCAAGUGUUCCUGCUACGAGGGCUGGGAGCUGGAGCCCGAUAUGGAGAGCUGCAAGAGCACUGGUGAGCAGAGGAGAAAGGAGGUUAGAGGAGGGGUUAAGGUAGAAAAGAGAUGUAAUCUUGUUGGCCAUCAGAUGAAAAAAGUGGUUGUUUGUGUGAGUUAUGGCGUUCUGUAAAUUGCUCUUUGGGCAUAGCUACAGUGGGGGAAAAAAGUAUUUAGUCAGCCACCAAUUGUGCAAGUUGUCCCACUUAAAAAGAUGAGAGAGGCCUGUAAUUUUCAUCAUAGGUACACGUCAACUAUGACAGACAAAUUGAGUGAAAAGAAUCUAGAAAAUCACAUUGUAGGAUUUUUAAUGAAUUUAUUUGCAAAUUAUGGUGGAAAAUAAGUAUUUGGUCACCUACAAACAAGCAAGAUUUCUGGCUCUCACAGACCUGUAACUUCUUCUUUAAGAGGCUCCCCUGUCCUCCACUCGUUACCUGUAUUAAUGGCACCUGUUUGAACUUGUUAUCAGUAUAAAAGACACCUGUCCACAACCUCAAACAGUCACACUCCAAACUCCACUAUGGCCAAGACCAAAGAGCUGUCAAAGGACACCAGAAACAAAAUUGUAGACCUGCACCAGGCUGGGAAGACUGAAUCUGCAAUAGGUAAGCAGCUUGGUUUGAAGAAAUCAACUGUGGGAGCAAUUAUUAGGAAAUGGAAGACAUGCAAGACCACUGAUAAUCUCCCUCGAUCUGGGGCUCCACGCAAGAUCUCACCCCGUGGGGUCAAAAUGAUCACAAGAACGGUGAGCAAAAAUCCCAGAACCACACGGGGGGACCUAGUGAAUGACCUGCAGAGAGCUGGGACCAAAGUAACAAAGCCUACCAUCAGUAACACACUCCGCCGCCAGGGACUCAAAUCCUGCAGUGCCAGACGUGUCCCCCUGCUUAAGCCAGUACAUGUCCAGGCCCGUCUGAAGUUUGCUAGAGUGCAUUUGGAUGAUCCAGAAGAGGAUUGGGAGAAUGUCAUAUGGUCAGAUGAAACCAAAAUAGAACUUUUUGGUAAAAACUCAACUCGUCGUGUUUGGAGGACAAAGAAUGCUGAGUUGCAUCCAAAGAACACCAUACCUACUGUGAAGCAUGGGGGUGGAAACAUCAUGCUUUGGGGCUGUUUUUCUACAAAGGGACCAGGACGACUGAUCCGUGUAAAGGAAAGAAUGAAUGGGGCCAUGUAUCGUGUGAUUUUGAGUGAAAACCUCCUUCCAUCAGCAAGGGCAUUGAAGAUGAAACGUGGCUGGGUCUUUCAGCAUGACAAUGAUCCCAAACUCACCGCCCGGGCAACGAAGGAGUGGCUUCGUAAAGAAGCAUUUCAAGGUCAUGGAGUGGCCUAGCCAGUCUCCAGAUCUCAACCCCAUAGAAAAUCUUUGGAGGGAGUUGAAAGUCCGUGUUGCCCAGCGACAGCCCCAAAACAUCACUGCUCUAGAGGAGAUCUGCAUGGAGGAAUGGGCCAAAAUACCAGCAACAGUGUGUGAAAACCUUGUGAAGACUUACAGAAAACGUUUGACCUGUGUCAUUGCCAACAAAUGGUAUAUAACAAAGUAUUGAGAAACUUUUGUUAUUGACCAAAUACUUAUUUUCCACCAUAAUUUGCAAAUAAAUUCAUAAAAAAUCCUACAAUGUGAUUUUCAGGAUUUUUUUCCCUCAUUUCGUCUGUCAUAGUUGACGUGUACCUAUGAUGAAAAUUACAGGCCUCUCUCAUCUUUUUAAGUGGGAGAACUUGCACAAUUGGUGGCUGACUAAAUACUUUUUUUCCCCACUGUACCUUAAGAACUGAGAGACCCAAAUACCACGAUUAGGGCAAAAAAAAAAUCCCAGACCAUGUGACCUAACAAGGACACUCCAGAGCCACUAAAUGAUCCCUUACAUAUCCCAUAUUUCUCUACCCCCAGACUCCUUCAAGCCGUUCAUCAUAUUCUCCAACCGCCAUGAGAUCCGUCGUAUUGACCUCCACAAGGGGGAGUUCAGCGUGCUGGUGCCUAACCUGAGGAACACCAUCGCUCUGGACUUCCACCUCAGCCAGAACACCCUCUACUGGACCGACGUGGUGGAGGACAAGAUCUACCGCGGGAAACUGUCCGAGAACGGAGGUGAGGGAGCGUCUCCAUUUAUUCAAGUUCACAUUUUUAUUACACUCAUAGGGCUCUAUUUCCAGCUGGCGUUAAGGUGGCGCUAGUGUCAAGCACACGUUAGUUUGCAAUUUUUUCAUGGAAAAACUGGCUCAUAGGCAUUUUCCAGCCCUAACGCCAGGUUCGGCAAUUUACCUCUCUUAUAUCAGCUCGCUUACGCUCAGAUAGGCGGGGUGGAAUUAUUUGAGGUGUGUCCUUAAAAACAUGAUUCAAAGUGCUAAUUUCAAUUAACGCAGCCUACCCAGCCUUGAUGCACACUGCCCAUAUGCGCAUGGAACAAGAUAAGCCUAAUGUGCUUUUGGUGCCUGUAUACUUCGUAUUUAGAAACAUAACAAAACGAAUUUUGUUUGAUUUGAUUAAAAACCAAGCAUAGUCUCCCCUCCUCUCAAUUAAGGCUUUUUCUUUUGUCUGCCCAAAGCAAUCGCGAAGUAGUCAAGACUGUCGAUAAAGGGUUUUGGACGUGCGUAAAACCCCCUCCUUGAUGUAGGCUACGUGUCCAUGCCCAUCAUGAAACGAGAGAUGAGAACCUCGUGAAUACCGGUGAACCUCGUACUUAGAAGUUAUUUGUAGCCCUCCCUUAGGCCUACUGUAACGAAGGCUGGUUCAACAGCAAUGCCUGUCUUUUUUAUCCUGGCCAUUUUAUGAUAUCGUUACAUUUGACAUGUAUUUAUUGUUGUUGUUGAAAAAAAAAAAACAGAUUGCUUGUUUUUCGUUUCAUUUUAUUACAAACUUAUUAGAAUGAUUCACCUUCCUAGUUUUAUGGUGACAACGUCUGUGGCGCGCCUGAACUUCUGGAGAAGUGUGAAUACGAUCUGAUCUGUAAGAUGGUUCCAAUAUGUAUAUAGAACAUUAUGUUUGGGAGCAGUAUAACGGUCAGUGGACAUUCUCCCUUUCUCUUUAUAUUGGAUCUUUGUCCAGCUGCUGUGACAAGUUUGGAUAUGCGUAAAACCCUCCAUAGUCUGCGUUGUUUUAUUUAAAACAAGUUGUUUUGUUUAGAAUUUGAUUCGAAUUAUUCGCUCUCUUUUUAGGCCUUAUCAAUAAUGAAUUGAAUCUUGCUUAUUGACAAUGUUUGGCAUGUCCAUGCUCAGUCAUAAUGCAAUUUACAGUAGGCCUAGCCCCUAUAUCAGUGUGAAUGCAAUUGAAGCCAUGCAAUUACUUAGAACAAUGUGGACUGCAAAUGGGUUUAAGUUAACCUAUUUAGCAAAGAUGGGAUAGGUCUACAUUUUGUUAUUUCAUUUCUGUAAGCCAUUUAACAAUCUAUAACUGAUUAACAUUGGGAGGAACUGGAGUUGAUUCCAAGGCAAUACAUAAAAGACCGUAAAUACACAACCUGAAGCAACCACAUAUUUCGCCAUGGAGCACGUUCUGAUUGGCUAGUGAAGGGCCAAGCCUCGACACACCCAGAACUUGUUCAUUCAUCAAAACCCAGCCCUUUCUCGCCAACGCCAGCAAGUGCGCCGAUAAUUGUGAUAGUGAAAAUAGCAAAAAUAUUUCUGACACACUCCUCAACCUAUAGCGCUUAGAUUCACCAUUGCGUUAGGUUUGUUAAAAUAGAGCCCGUGAAAUGACAGUCAAUACAAACUGAAAUCCAAUAUCAAUGGAUAAGGGGACAAAAAAUAUAUAAAUGUAAUGGGAUCUUAAAGAAAUGCUUUGACGAUGACUACCUUCACACAGAGACAAGGGUAGUGGCAGAAGAUUUUUCUAUUGUGUUGAGAGCUCUACUUGUCUGCUUGGUCUUGCAUCAGCCAACAUAGAAAUAGCUUCAAAUAAGAAAGCAUCUGGAAAUUGAGUAGAACGGACAAUGUUUUUCCUCUUAGUCUGAGGACUAACAAAAGUUACAGUUUAAGUUUGCACUUUCUUAGAAUGUACUUCGCCCAAACAACAGUUUUGUCUCAUAGUAGCCCCGCCUGUCAAAUCUAGUCAAGAUGUCUGUUCAUGUCCCCAGCCUAAAUCUCCCAGACUGGUCACAGCUGGCCCUUGUUCUCCCCAGAUCCCUACCACCCCACCCCCCAACCCCAGACCCCUACCACCCCAGACCCCUACCACCCCACCCCCCAACCCCAGACCCCUACCACCCCAGACCCCUACCACCCCACCCCCCAACCCCAGAUCCCUACCACCCCAGAUCCCUACCACCCCAGACCCCAACCCCAGGUCUGUUGGCCAAUCAAGGUUGUGUUCCUAUUCUCCUGUUCCCAGAAUCCCACCGAAGUACUCCGGGGGCACACACCCACACACACACACGCACAUACACACACACACACAGAACGACGGAAGACUUUGUCUCUUCAAAUUUGUCUCACCGCUCCGUUGCGUGACUGCAGCCACCCUGGGCCAGAGCAACAGGCACACAUACUGUGGCCAGUGCAUUACAUUAGUCCCUGUUCCCAGGCCCCCUCCCACACCUCCACCCCUCUUAAAAACAACCCUCCCUCCACCAUAAAUCAGCUUCUGCUGAUUUAAGAUGUUUCAGUGUUUAGCCUAGGGCCGGGACAAUACCAGGAUCGUGAUACUCAUUAGUAUCGUGGCAAGGAAACAAAACAAUGAACGGAUUUAACUUCUUUAGGAAAACAGUCCUAAUGUUGGAAACAAACCUCAUUAUGUUGUCAUCCAGGGUCACAUUUAUUUUCCAAGCUGUAGCACACAAUAUUUUACAUACAGCAGGUUUUUAAAGGACCAAAGAGUUUGGUCUGCUUCGUGUUUUCAUUUUUGCCAUGGAAAAAAUAUGGCUAAACUGGUAUCUAUAAAAAUAUCGCGAUACACAGCCCUAGUUCAGCGUCUUCUAAACUGUGGGGCAAGUAUGGUCGCUGUGUACUGCCAACAACAACAACAAAAAAUCUGCCUCCCUACACAUGCACACAGAAAAACAGACACACACACUGCCUCCCCACCCUCCCCAGGCAAAGCCAACUGUGGUUCCAGCAGUAUAACAACAAUCAAGCUGUGAAGAGGCCCUAUCCCUCUAAUGCUCUAAUCUAAUGACUGUUGGAAGGCCAUGUGAAGGACUCUGACGCUCCACAGAAUCAUCAGCUGUACACCAUUACUGCUUAGCUUUUAGUGGGGUGCCAAGCUUUUCCGGGAACAGUGUGUGUGUGUGUGUGUGUCAAUGUGUGUGUUUGUGUGUAUGGUGUGUGUAUGUGCGUGCGUGCGUGUGUGUGCAUGCAUGUGUGUGUUUUCUCUCAGAAGUUUCCCAGAAAUCACCACCUUCAUUCUGUGAUUGUUUGCAAAGUUUUGCUAGAAAUCCCACACUUUCCACAGAGAAGGAAUUCUAAACAGUCCUCUCAGUUUGUCAGCAGUUUGUUACAGUGAAACGUGUGUGCUGCUGGAUGGAGUUAGUCUCUAACUGCUGUCUUUUGCCAUGAGCUAGACAGACAUAUUGUAUUACUCCAGCAAAUAUUACCCCAUUUCAAAUACCUUUAAUACAGCUUGGUUCACUGUGUCCCAUUUCUGUCAUGUCCAUUAUCAAGAGGAGUUUGAUUUAUCUAAUCAGGUUAUUUUCUUCCAUUUCUGUCUAAUAGUUUUUGUCUUUGUAGUGAUGGGUGUGUCAAACAAAUCUGUAAUUUCCCAUACAAGGCAUUAACCCAGCCAUCUUCUGUCUCCCAUCCCUUGCCCUCUCCCCUCUCCCUCUCUCCCUCUUACCCCCGUCCUCCUCCCAGCUCUGACUACUUUCGAGGUAGUGAUCCAGUAUGGCCUGGCCACUCCAGAGGGUCUGGCGGUGGACUGGAUAGCAGGGAACAUCUACUGGGUGGAGAGUAACCUGGACCAGAUAGAGGUGGCCAAGCUGGAUGGAACCAUGAGGACUACUCUACUGGCUGGAGAGGUGGAGCACCCCCGGGCCAUCGCCCUGGACCCCAGAGACGGGUGAGAAUAGAACCACCACAGAGACAGAUACCAUACCACAGAUACUAUAGAACUGGAAACAGUAGAUCAUAUCAAGCAAUGGUACUCGGAUACCAUAUACCUUCUGUAUAGAACUGUAAGAAAUAAAAUAAAAAUAUGGUCCCCCUUCACAUAGUCAGACACUGUACGAAUGACUACUGCUGAAUAUUCAUUAAUUUGUCUCCCUCUCUCUUUGUUCUCUUUGUCUUCCUCUGUUGUCAGUAUUCUGUUCUGGACGGACUGGGAUGCCAGUCUGCCCAGAAUAGAGGCAGCAUCUAUGAGUGGUGAGGGCAGGAGGACUAUCCACAGAGAGACUGGCAGUGGUGGCUGGCCCAACGGACUGACUGUAGACUACAUGGAAAGACGCAUUGUAUGGAUCGACGCCAGGUACUAUUGCUCUCCUAACCACACACACACACACACACACACACACACACACACACACACACACACACCCACUCACCCAAAUGCUCUCUCCCCAGGUCUGAUGCCAUCUACUCUGCUCUGUAUGAUGGCUCUGGUCUGAUCGAGGUGCUGAGGGGACAUGAGUACCUGUCUCAUCCCUUUGCUGUCACCAUGUACGGAGGAGAGGUCUACUGGACUGACUGGAGGACCAACACUCUGGCCAAGGCCAACAAGUGGACCGGCAACAACGUAACUGUGGUCCAACGCACCAACACACAACCUUUUGACCUGCAGGUGUACCAUCCCUCCAGACAGCCCCAAGGUAGGUGACACACACAUAAAUGCAUAUACGCAUGCACGCGGACACACACAAGCCACCCCACCCUUCCCAGCUGCCUCUCACUGCUAACUUGACUGUGACACGCGCUUUGGUGCAGUGUCAAACGAAAGGGCAGGACUGCAGAGUGGUAGUGGUACACUACUGUGUGAUGUGUUGUGUUGUGUUGCCUCCAUGUUCUACGAGAAGUAGCAUGGUUUCUAACACCUUGUAGAUCACACACACACACACUGUGGAUCAUAACGGCCAACCCACUGCAGUAUUUGGCCUUUCAGACUGGUCUUACAGGGCUUAGUUGACUUGUUGAACGUAUCACGUGGUGUGACAGACAGACUAUACGGUGUGACAUACACCACGUACAGUUUAAAGUACAUCUGGUGGUCAAGGCCUGUCUAACUGGGCUUCCAUAGGUUGUGUUGAUCUUGAAGACACACAUUUUGUGAUUUGAUUUGUGUACCUAACUCAUUCUAUUUGUUGUGACAUGCUCUAUAUAGGAUAGUAGCCUGUGGCCUAGAUGUCCUGUCAUAUGGUGUCAUAUACUAUAAGAUGUGAUGUGUACUCCACGUAUAUAGUGAUCAGUGGCCUACUAUGCUGUAGGAGUCCCCAGGCUUUUAAUCAGCCAGUCAGGGGUUAAUAGACUAUGCCCUGAGCUGAUCACACAGUGGUUAACAGAUGGAGAGAACUGGGCCCGUAGCCACAAAGCAAUUCAGAGUAGGAGUGUUGAUCUAGGAUCAGUUUGCCCUUUAGAUCAUAGUGAAUAAUCAGCACUCCUACUCUGAGGUGCUUUGUGGAUACGGGCCCUGAUCUGAGGCUAAGAAAGACAGAGCUGAGGUCUCACUGGCCAGUUGAUUGACAGCUUCCCCCAGUCCCUCUGACACCGAUGGGGAAACAAACCAUGUCUGACAAUGUCUGACUCCAUCCGUAUCCGUCCCUCGCUCUGUCCUCUGCUCCCUCGAAUACUCAAUCCCUAACUGCCGACCGCUCCAGUGCUUAGUGAUUUAAUAAAAUAAUACAGAUUUAUAUUUAUUUCUCAUUAAAUUUGUCUUGGUCGAAAUUGAAUAGAAUAGAAUCAAUGGAUCAUCGUCACAGUGGACCAGAUCUCUUUAUUCAAACAAGUCUUCUUCCCCUGUCUCUCCCUCAGCUCCUAACCCUUGUGCCACCUCUGAUGAGCAGAGCCAGUGUUCUCACCUGUGUCUGAUCAGCUACAACCAGACCUUCUCCUGUGCCUGCCCUCACCUCAUGAAGCUCCAGGCUGACAAACGCACCUGUAAAGGUAGGAAGCAACACACACACAUACUCAGAGGACUGAAUGGUGACAAAUGGGUCUAAGUGUGUUACAUCUGCUGUAAUUAAGACACCCAAUCAGAUGAUUGUCUUACUAAUGAGAAUAGCUCUGUUUUAGUUCAGCCGCUCUUGGAUAUGUUCAAAUACUGUCUUUGUAGUGUCUGGAUAUGAACCCUUCCCCUGUACACCCUGUCUCUUUCAUUCUCUCUCCAGAGUCCCGUCAGUUCCUGCUGUAUGCCCGUCAGAUAGAGAUCAGGGGAGUGGACAUAGACAACCCCUACUAUAACUACAUCAUCUCCUUCACGGUGCCAGACAUAGACAACGUGACUGUGGUGGACUAUGAUGCUCUGGAGCACCGUAUCUACUGGUCAGAUGUCCGCACUCAGACUAUCAAGAGAGCCUUCAUCAACGGGACUGGAGUGGAGACCGUGGUGUCUGCUGGUAGGAUGACCACUCUUUCAAAUACCUUUUUGGAGUGCCGGAUGUGCGAUGUUUGCACCUUUUGAGACUGUUAGUUCCAAUGGGCAAGCUCAAUCAAGCGCAGCUAAAGUCUUCGAAAGAGAGCAAAUACUGCUUUGGAAUCCACUAGGCUAAUUUGUGACCAGAAAAUGUGAUUAUUGAAUGUAUAGGUAACUGCCAAAAUAAAGGAAACACCAACGUAAAGUAUCUUAAUAUGGUGUUGGGCCACCAUGAUCCAGAACAGCUUCAGUGCGCCUUAUCAUAAAUUCUACAAAUGUCUGGAACUCUAUUGGAGGGAUGCGACACCAUUCUUACACAAGACAUUUCAUAAUUUGGUGUUUUGUUGGUGGUGGAAAACGCCGUCUCAGGCGCCGCUCCAGAAUCUCCCAUAAGUGUUCAAUUGGGUUGAGAUCUGGUGACUGAGACACACACACACACACACACACACACACACACACACACACACACACACACACUUUAAACCCCCAUGCUCCUUUCAGACCCCUCUUUCAAAGUCAAUGAAAUGGUAACCAUGGUAGCCAAAUUAAUGGGCAACUGGGCAUUUUUAUUCAUGGCCCUAAGCAUGAUGGGAUGUUAAUUGCUUAAUUAACUCAGGAACCACACCUGCGUGGAAGCACCUGCUUUCAAUAUACUUUGUAUCCCUCAUUUCCUCAAGUGUUUCCUUUAUUUUGGCAGUUACCUGUAGUUAGUGGUUUAGUUAAAUAUUGCCUGUGUGUGUGCUUGUUUUUUUCAGACCUGCCCAACGCCCAUGGUCUGGCUGUAGACUGGGUGUCUAGGAACCUGUUCUGGACCAGCUAUGAUGCCAAUAAGAAGCAGAUCAACGUGGCCAGACUGGACGGAUCCUUUAAGAACGCUAUUAUCCAGGGCCUUGACAAACCCCACUGUCUGGUCCUGCACCCUAUACUGGGGUGAGUUGGAUAAGCAUACACACAGGCCCGCACACACACACACACACACACACACACACACACACACACACACACACACACACACACACACACACACACACACACACACAUACUGGAGGAGUAGGAAUGGAGUUUUAAAUAACACGACGACAGCAAAAGAACGUUGAUGUUGUCACAGUGAUUUCAGUGGAGUGACAGUCAAACCAAGUUUAACGUAGAAUAACACGUCAUGUGUUUGUCCUUCUCUAGAAAGCUGUACUGGACUGAUGGGGACAACAUCAGUAUGGCCAACAUGGAUGGCAGCAACCGUACCAUGCUCUUCACCAAUCAAAAGGGCCCUGUGGGUGAGUGGGUGUACACUAACACUGUAGUGUACAACAAUGCUUAGCCAGUGGAAGAAAGUGAGAACCAGAGUGAAAUAACAUUUGAGAUGGUGAAAGACACACACACACUUUAAACCCCCAUGCUCCUUUCAGACCCCUCUUUCAAAGUCAAUGAAAUGGUAACCAUGGUAGCCAAAUUAAUGGGCAACUGGGCAUUUUUAUUCAUGACCCUAAGCAUGAUGGGAUGUUUAAUUGCUUAAUUAACUCAGGAACCACACCUGCGUGGAAGCACCUGCUUUCAAUAUACUUUGUACCAUCUCAGGUUGUUCUGAAAUUGGUUCUGUAGACAGUAACAUAUACUAUUAGCAUUCCUGAAACUUGAAUUAGUUGAAAUAUAAUUCCAUCUCACUACUUUAUCCAUUUUGCUGGUCUCUUGUGUUUAUUAAAUAGACCACAACAUUUCCAUCGCAAUUUUGGGUAGAAAACCAAUAGAUUUAGCUCAUAAUUAAAAUAAAUUGUGUGGUCACCCUCACAAUUCAAGUCCUCCAUGAAAGCAAUUCAGUUUGUCCUUCUCUUACGCGUAAUCUGUGUCCAAGAAACGACCCUGUUGUGUACCCUUCAGAAAAGGUCUGGAUUAGUUACUGUUAGACCUUUCCUGAUGAACAAACACACCAUUAGGCUUCAUCAGUUUUGAAUGGUUUCAAUAUUAUGGUCUUCAAUGGUAAAAGUACUUGUUUCUAACUACAGAAAAGAUUUCGGAACAAUCGGAGAUGGUGGGUGUCAUGGCUUUGCAGAAAUGACAUGGAAUGACUCUUGUGUUGUGCUUAUAUGUCCCCUUUCUGUCCCUGCCAGGCCUUUCUAUAGACUAGGGCACAGAGGGAGAGAGUCUGACCAUGUGGUGUUGUCUGUCCCAUCUGUCCCCUUCAGACCUGUCUAAAGACUAUGACUUAGACUGUGUGAGAGUGAACGAGAGAGUCUGACUGUGAUCGUGUUGUGCUAACUAUAUAUUUUCUGUCCCCUCCAGGCCUGUCUAUAGACUACGACAGUGAGCAGCUGUACUGGGUCAGCUCAGGGAACGGCACCAUCAGCCGCUGUCAGAUGGACGGCUCAGGCCUGGAGGUCCUGGACGGGGUCAAACCAGGCAAACUGACCAAGGCGUCCGCUCUGGCCAUCAUGGGUAAGGCAGAAACAAGCUAACCUUGGCUGAAAUUAUGUCAUUAUGAUCAGCUUUGCCCUGUGGGUUGGAUACUGUGUUAGUGUUAUCUGUGAAACCAUAGUUUUUUUGUGUAAUUCGAUUUUUGUCUAUUGUGUCUUUUGAGAGAUGUUGAGUCUGGAUUUAAAUGCAGUUUGAAUCCGAAAAAGUUUUAUUGACCAUUAACAUUAUUUGCCUAACUUUAAGCAGUCACCUUUCUUGUCUAAACUUAACCAAUCACAUUUGUUUCUGCCCUCGAGGCAGAUCUGCCCUUAGAAAAAUAUGGAAUAAGGAAAACUCUGCCACAUGGUGUGAAACACCAUUUAAACCCUUGUGUGCUGUGAUACUGAAUAUCUAUGCUGUGUGUCUAGGUGACAAGCUGUGGUGGGCAGACCAGGGGACAGACCAGAUAGGGACGUGCGAUAAAAGUGAUGGAGGGAACUGGAAGGUGCUACGUAACAACACCUCUCCGAUGAUGCACAUGAGAAUCUACAACGAGAGCCUGCAGACAGGUACAGGUAGGAUGUCACACUGAGGAUGUCACACUUAUGAUGUCACACUUUCCAACCUCCCAGGUAAAACUCAGAUGAGUGAAUGAACGAGAGAAUGAAUGAAUGAAUGAGAAACAAGAUGGUGUUUUUGAGUGAGUUUUUUGUAUAUUACUGUAUUUUCCCUCUGUUGUCCCAGGCAUCAACCUGUGCAGUAACAACAACGGAGACUGUUCCCAGCUGUGCCUGCCCACAUCCACUACCACCAGAGCCUGUAUGUGUACUGCUGGCUACAGCCUCAAGAGUGGACAGCAGUCCUGCGAGGGUAAGAGACCAUCACACACACAUUUUAAACACUUCAUUAAAAUCCACAAAUCACAGUACAGGGAUGUAAACAUUUAAAAGGUCACAAGUGCAUGGACACUCUUGGAUAUAGAAGCACCGUAUCCUCUAUAAAGCCAUGCUGUAUAGAAUAUACAGAGACUAUACUGUAUAUGGUAAGAGUGUUAAUAGCUUUCUGUACUCUCUCUCCAGGUAUGGGCUCCUUCCUGCUCUACUCAGUACAUGAGGGCAUUAGAGGAAUCCCCCUGGACCCGUCUGAUCAAUCUGAUGCCCUGGUGCCCGUGUCUGGCACCUCGCUAGCAGUGGGCAUCGACUUCCACGCUGGUGAGUAUACUGCAGUGGACCUACCAACAACAAUACAAGAGUUUGGUUUGAGGAUCAAGUCAUUUGAGUGUUAAUGUGUAAUCACACCAACCAUACUGUAAAGAGGUGUACCUAAACUUUUACUACGCUGUACCUGCCUACAGUAUUUCAAGUAAUUACUAUGUAACUUUAUUAUGUUUAAGCAACCUUUACAUUUUUUACAUUUUAGUAAUUUAGCAGACGCUGUUAUCCAGAGCGACUUACAGGAGCAAUUAGGGUUAAGUGCCUUGCUCAAGGGCACAUCGGCAGAUGUGUCACCUAGUUGGCUCCGGGAUUCGAACCAGCGACAUUUCGGUUACUGGCCAAAUGCUACCUAUUUUAGUAGGACUUUAUUUUGUGAUGGUAAUGAUUAUUGUAUCCGGUUACUAACAGUCAUCUCCUCUGUCCUGUAGACAAUGACACUAUCUACUGGGUGGACAUGGGACUGAGCACCAUCAGCAGAGCUAAGAGAGACCAGACGUGGAGAGAAGAUGUGGUGACCAACGGCAUCGGCAGGGUGGAGGGCAUCACUGUGGACUGGAUAGCAGGUCAGAGAACAACCACACACACACCCACACACACACACACACAUGGAUACACUCACAAGCACGCACACACACACUGACUCCUCCCAUCCCUCCCCUGUCAGGUAACAUCUACUGGACAGACCAGGGCUUUGACGUCAUCGAGGUGGCCAGACUCAAUGGAUCCUUCCGCUAUGUGGUCAUCUCCCAGGGCCUGGACAAGCCCCGCGCCAUCACUGUGCACCCAGAGAAAGGGUGAGUGGUUGGGGCUGUGACUGGGGAUUGGGUGUCUGUGGGUACUGUAGUGCUCUGUGUGUCAUAACACGGUUACCUAUUGGCUAUUAUUAGUCCAGCAACCAGCAAUGUUUACACUUUGAUUAAUAAUUACAAGCAAUAGCUGGUCAUAUGAUGGUACACUGUAAAUACGCUUUCAUUGUGGUAUUUAAUCCAUAGAGCAAUCUAGAGAGCAAAAAUGUUCUUGCCUUCAAACUCAUAUGAGUAUGUGUGUGUCUGUGUGUCCCUGCAGGUAUCUGUUCUGGACAGAGUGGGGUCAGGUCCCCCGUAUAGAGAGGGCCCGUCUGGACGGUUCUCAGAGAUUAGUCCUGGUGAACUCCAGCAUCAUGUGGCCCAACGGAAUCUCUAUCGACUACAGGGUGCAGUACACACACACACACACGUAUCCAUCUUUCGGAUUCACACACAUCCAGCAUUUUUCUCCUCUCUCCGCUUUACAACCUUGUUGUUGAGGAAAAAAACGGUUUGAAUAUUUGUCUGAUUGUUUGUGUGUGUAGGAGGGCCUGUUGUACUGGUGUGAUGCGCGGACAGAUCGCAUUGAGCGUAUCAACCUGGAGACAGGAGAGAACAGAGAGGUGGUGCUGGUUAACAACAACAUGGACAUGUUCGCUGUGUCCGUCUUCGAGGGCUACAUCUACUGGAGUGAUAGGUGAGAUCCCUGCUGUCGUAUCCCUGUCACCUCCUCUGUCUUUGUUUGACCCUUAAUAUUCCCUGCUACCCUGCUAUAGUAUGCUUGAUUUACUUGACUAAAGAGCUUGGCUCCUUUAAGGAGCAUAGGCCAUAGACAAACAGAAAGGACUACAGGAUGCAGUAUGCAACUCCUAACAUCUUAUGCCGUCCUGCUAUUUACUAACCUGAGAUUCCCAUUGCGUGAUUGUCAUUUAAUACAAUUUGUGCUGUUUUACCUCAAAGCCUGUUUGAAAGUGACUGAUAGUGUUUUGUGUGUCGUGUUGGACCAGGACUCAUGCCAACGGUUCUAUCAAGAGAGGCAACAAAGACAAUGCUACAGAAUAUGUGUAUCUGAGGACAGGCAUUGGUGUACAGCUGAAGGACAUCAAGGUCUUCAACAGGGACAGGCAACAAGGUAAGAACAUUUAACCCCUAACAGAAACACACAGAAAACAUGUGUGCGGCAGGGUUGGGAUCCAUUUCAUUUUAAAUUGGUCCACACAGGAGUUUAAUUGGUAUUUCAAAUGAAAAGUAAAAAAAAGGGGCUGAAAUCCUGUAUUGACUGAAAUGGAAUGGAAUUCUCUCUUACCCUGGUGUGCUGUGUUAAGUUGUAUGAGACUGAUGUGUCUAUGAGACUGAUGUGUCUAUGAGACUGAUGUGUCUAUGAGACUGAUGUGUCUAUGAGACUGAUGUGUCUAUGAGACUGAUGUGUCUAUGAGACUGUGUGUGACCAGUGUGUGUGUCUAUGAGACUGUGUGUGACCAGUGUGUCUAUGAGACUGAUGUGUGUAUGAGACUGAUGUGUCUAUGAGACUGAUGUGUCUAUGAGACUGAUAUGUCUGUGUGUGACCAGUGUGUGUGACCAGUGUGUGUGUGUCUAUGAGACUGUGUGUGACCAGUGUGUGUCUAUGAGACUGUGUGUGACCAGUGUGUCUAUGAGACUGUGUGUGACCAGUGUGUGUGACCAGUGUGUGUGACCAGUGUGUGUGACCAGUGUGUGUGACCAGUGUGUCUCUCCCUCAGGCACCAACAUCUGUAAAGACAACAACGGCGGCUGCGAACAGCUCUGCCUUUACCGCGGCAACGGGGAGCGAACCUGCGCCUGCGCACACGGCAUGCUGGCCGAGGACAGCCGCAGUUGCCGUGACUACGACAGCUACCUGCUCUACUCUGAGCGGACCAUUCUGAAGAGCAUCCACCUAUCAGAUGAGACCAACCUGAACGCCCCCAUCAAGCCCUUCGAGGACCCAGAACACAUGAAAAAUGUAAUAGCUCUGACCUUCGACUACCGCGGAGGAGGGGGGAGGGGAGCCAACCGGAUCUUCUUCAGUGAUAUACACUUUGGAAACAUCCAGCAGAUCAAUGAUGAUGGAUCGGACCUCAAGAUGGUGGUGGAGAGUGAGUAUCUAACAUUUACCAUGUUAUGUUAUAUUGUCGACGAGACAAAACAUUCUUGCUGAUCCUCUCAACUAUUGAGCAGGGCAUCACAUAGAAUUGACCAUUUUAGCCCAGUUUUCACACACUUGUACACACACAGUUUUAAUCAGUUUGUGCUAUGACAAACAGGAAAAAGGAAAUGGCCUCAGCUGAGCUAAUUGUGUUUAUUGAAAUGAAAUGAUGUUGAGGUUGUAAGACAGAUCUUAUUCAAAUCAAACAUGUUUCCCUAGUGUCCAUAGAAGGUCCACAAUGGUCCAUAGAGUGGACUAUUGAGUGCCUAUAGUGGUCCUUAAAGUUUCCAUAGAAAGUUCAUAGAAUGUCCAUAGAGCGUCAUUAAAGAGUAUCCAUUAAGUAUCCACAGAAUGUCCAUAGAGUUUUCAUAGUAACCCUUAGAAUCCGGGUAGGGGUAGUGGUGGCGUAUCCAGCUCCACAGGGUUGAAGGGCUGCACCAUGUCCCUGCCCCCCACCACCCCCUUACACCCUACUAUACACCGCCUGCACCCCUCCCAUCUCUCCCGGCCCAAGUCCAUCAGAUCCCUCCUGAACUUAUUGGACAUGAACAUGUAGAGGACGGGGUUAACCACCGCUGCAGAAGACGCCAGGAGGCGGACAAAGAUGGCUAUACAGCGGUAGCUGGGGAUACUGGAGAUCUUGCCCCCUGUGAGGGAGAGAGGGAGCAAUAGAAGUUUAAUCCAGUUCACAAUAUUACAACAAUUGAAAAGACAAUAUUCAGAUUAAAAAAUAAAAAAAUUAUGUAGGCACCUAAGAGGGAGAACAUGAGGCCAUAGGAGGGCAACCAGCAGAGGGUGAAGACCAGCACCAGCAGCGCUGACGUGUGGGUCACCUGUGGGUCACAGAAGUUAACUGAACACUAGAAUGCAUAGAGUUAAAACUAGAUGCAACACUAGAAUGGUUCAUGGAUAUCUCGGCAACAUGACUACAGGAUGGCGGCCAUCUUAGUCAGGUUACCUGGCUCUGGUAGCGCUCCAGCUGGGGGGCAUGUCCCAACAGUCUCUUCUGGCGCAGGAAGCAGUAGAUCUUGGCGUACAUCAUCACAAUAACCCCCAAUGGUAUCGCAAAGGCAAACAGGAACAACGCCGUGCUAUACACCAGCUGACUGAGGCCGCCCAGGAAGGCGAAGCAGUGGAACACGCUGGACACCGCCACCAUGCGGAAAGCAAACUGCGGAGCUGCCAGGGCUGUGGCGGGAACCCAGAGGAGCGCCACGGUCAGUUUGAGGCGGCUGUGCAUGCGGGAGCGGUAGGACCAGGUGGGGUGGACCACAGUCAGGUAGCGGGUCACUGCGAGCGCAGCCAGCGUGAAGACUGAGGCGGAAGAACAGGCCACGCCCAGGAAGCUGACGGCCUAAUAAUAAUCAAUCAUCAUAAUAGAGUUAUAAAGCGCAUUUCUCAUACCCAAGGCACUAUACAACACGAUAAUAAAAAUUCUGUUGAAGAUCUAAAUCUGGAAGGACAUUAAAAAAUGAACCCUAGUCAAAGAAUGAGAAGAUCAAGAGAUGAAGGACCUUGCAGAGGAAGCUGCCGAAGGGCCAGGAGCCCAGGGCGAUGGCGGUGGUGUGGAAGGGCAGGCAGAGCAACAGCAGCAGGUCAGCAGCACUCAGAGCCAGCAGCAGGGUGUCGGUUCCAUGAGGAGGCAUCCCACCUACACACACAGUGGAAAAAAUAUUUUCUUUCACACGUUCAUGUGUCGUCCUCCGGGCUUCUUUCUUUGUACUUUUUAACAAGUUUCUAACUGUACAAAAUGUUUACCCCAAAAGUCAAUCAAUCAGUCAAUCAAUCAAUCACCUCGCCUCCUGCGGCCAGCCAGGAUGGAGAUGACCAGGCAGUGGCCCGCCAGGCCUGUCACAAGGAUGAGGCCGUCCAGCAUGGGCACCAAGAACUUAUUCACCUCGGUCCCGUCUGUCCCAUUCCCCUGGCCCCCACCACUACUACUGUUACACAAAGCUCCCCCAUCACUAUUGUUCAUCAGCAGCAUUUCACCACAGUUCUUUGCUGCAAAGCACAUUUGAAUUCUAUUCUAUUCUGUCCUCCAUAGACACACACGGCGGAGCUGAUUUUUCGGACUACUAAUUAUCACAAAUCUUGAUAGUAAUUAUAAUGACUGUCUGAUAAUAGGUGACAUAACAGUAACUGUCUCUGACACACUGACACUCCUCCCAACGCCCCCGGACUGUACCCUCUCCUAAUGUAAAACCUUAUCACUCAUAACCACAUUGGCACUUCAAUAGGACGACUGACAGGUUCACUGACACUUUCACAAUGACAUGCAGCAGCUAACUGAGCAGUUAAGAUCCUUAAUGUUUAGAAGCUUGAACAAUGCAUCUGUGUCUGGGCGGUUCUUCCUUGUCUAGAAUGCAGUUAAGAUUCUUUAUGUUUCCACAGCUUAGACGUUGACAAUCUUUAUCCGGGCGGUUGCUACUUGACAAGAAUGCAGCAUCAAUUUAGUUUGUUUAGUUUCUACAGUCUCUGGCCAGAACACCCAACAAGACUAGAAUCUCAUAGAAUCAGGGGCGUAGUCCACUCCAGAGUUCCAAAACAAGUUUUAAUGAUCCAAGUUUACACACAAAUACUUAUUCUUAGAGACUAUGACAUUGAGAGAGGAGUCCAUCCCUGACGUUGGCUGCAACAGUGUUCCAUAUCAGUAUCCCCCCCCCCCCCCCCCCCCCCCCCCCAAAAAUCUUUUUUUAUAUCAACAAAGAAAAUAUCAAUCCAGUUCUGGCCCUGAGCCUGUAUUGAAAAAUGUAAAUCCAGUCUCUUCCUUAAUGUUGUAUUGAUUUGUUGAAACCAAGCAACACUAUAAUACAAAGGAAUGGCUGUCGCUGGCUGCCAUCUCAGUUGCCAUUAAAUGCAGUCAAUUCUACAUGAUGUUAAGUGCCUCACAGCGGUGUCUGUAGUGUUGUCGUCCAUUAUGAGGCUAAUUCAGGUAUCCUGCCUGCCUGGCCACAGAUUCAGAUUCCUCAGGCAGCUAGAGAAGAGGCUGAACAACCAAGAACGAGAGAGAAGGAACAAAACAAAAAAAGAGUACAGAAGAAAGACAGGGAAAGAGGGCUUUGUUUGUCUUGAGAACGAUACUCCCUGUUCGUCUGUCGGAUAGGUAAUGUUGUCAGCAUUGGAACAGCGCGGUUUUAGUUUACUACUGUUUGAACAGGGGCUGAGAUAGGAGAGGGGAGGAGGAGGAGAGUCACAGAGGUGUUUCUGGGAAAUUACAGUUCAGAACACACUAACCCUGGCAGGAACAUAACCUUUAAAUAGCUUUACUGAUUAACCAGUUGUUUGCUAGAUUCCUCACCAACAUCUCUUUUUUGUCUGGAAUUUCAAGGAUGUAGAAUAUCGACUGUGGCUUGGACGCCACCUUAGUAGAGUUCUGGUUGGUUAGCUUUAAAUGCUGGCCUGUUCUUAUGGUGGACCCUCUCUGCUACAGUAUGACUGCUUGUCUUUAGGUGCACUAAGGUUGAUUUACAGCCCUCCUCCAUCCACAUUAAACACCAGGGAGAAAAAUAAGUAAUUAUUGACUUUUGACCAUGAGCAAACAGUUACAUGGAGUGUCCAGACUUUUAUUAUUGAGCAAUUGCUGUCAUAAAAAUGGACAGUGGUGUGACGCCAGCAGAUGAUGAAAAGCCCAUAAGGGAUGAACCUUGAAAGAGUCUAUAGGGGAUUAUGUUUGGGUGACCUCUCUACUCUGCUAGGUGUCACACAGCUACUUGAGUCGGAAACGGGUUCUGAAAUGAAAACUGUAGAGGGAGAAGCUACAUUGUGUGUGUGUGUGUGUGUGUGUGCGUGUGUGUGUGCGUGUGUGUGCGUGCGUGGGCACUACAUGCGGCUGAGUCCUUCACCCCAGCUCAUUUCCGUAAAGUGACAGAAUUUGCUCUAGUGGUGUCAUUUUUUCUUUUCUUCCUGGAAUAACAAGUCACCAUGAAUAACAGGGUCCGCUGGGAGAGGAGCGGUGUGCGUGUGUGUGCAGGCAGUCAGCCAUGAAAUGACAGGAUGAUACUGAACAGCAGGCAUGGCAAGGUCCUUCACUCAUAGCACUGUACCAUUUAUCCUUUCUUUCUUUCUCCUCUCUCUCUCGAUCUCUCGCUUUCUUUCUCUAUCUCCCCUCUCUCUCUUUCUCCUCACAGCGUUUUACCAUUCAACAGCUGAUUUGGAUGGACAUGCCCGUAUAAGAACCUUUCCUAUUGCCAUUUACAUUUCUGGAACGUUUACCAUGCUUGCAACUUAUUCCAUCUUUUAAUGAUGAUUCAUUGAAGUUGAAUUCACCCCUUAAGGACCUUUGUAAAGAGGUUUGCUCCCUUUGCCAGCACUACGUACACAGAGGCGUUCCCUUCUUUUUUUCUGAUGUAGUUGUUUGGAUUUGUAGUUGCUUCCUUCUAAGCAGGCUAUGCUCUUUCAUUGGCUCUCUUUGUCUGUUUGCUAGUGACCCACCAAGGUCUGUGACCGUAGUAUUGACCGUGUUGUGACCACUACACUAAAGGAUGACAGGGCAGUGAAACCUUAAUCAUGUCUUGUCCUGUUUUCUCCUGCACUGUCCCAGUCCCUCAAUAUGGCCUACACCUUUACUGACUGUCUUUCCCCCUCUGUACUCUCUCUCUCUCUCUACCCCAGAUGUAGGCUCAGUGGAGGGUUUGGCGUACCACCGUGGCUGGGACACCCUCUAUUGGACUAGCUACACCACCUCCACCAUCACCCGACACACGGUCGACCAGAGCCGACCGCAGGCCUACGACCGCAACACCGUGGUCACCAUGUCUGGAGACGACCACCCCAGGGCCUUUGUACUGGACGAGUGUCAAGAGUGAGUGGCAGCGAUGUUCUUUGUAUUUUUUGAAUGUAGAAUAGAAGGAGUGUGAAUUACGUUUCAAAGCCCCUGACAAUUUGGUCUAGAUUCCAUAUGCUUUUUGAUGACUACUAGAUUUGAUUUGAUGGCUGAAAUGUCAACCGUAGCUGUUGGGUAACUUUAUUAGUCCAUUACUGGAGUAAUUUAUUCAUUGACUCUAUUAUUUUGUCUUUCUGCCAUACUGUCUGUUUAUUUGACGUAUCUGACCAUUUUCCAAAACUAUUUUAAACUCUCCCUUUACUUCCUGUUGUCCUUCUCUACUAGUCUGAUGUUCUGGACCAACUGGAACGAGCAGUCUCCCAGUAUCAUGCGUGCCAGUCUGUCUGGUGCCAACGUUCUGGUGAUCAUCGGUAAUGACAUCCGCACCCCCAACGGCCUGGCCAUAGACCACCGCGCCGAGAAACUCUACUUCUCAGACGCCACACUGGACAAGAUAGAGCGCUGCGAGUACGACGGCAGCAACCGCUAUGUGAGUCACCUCUGUUACCUAUGUCAACGCCGUUAUCUGUGACUUCUUGGGACAGAGUUGACGCCAGCCACAAUAGACUCCAAGGGUCUGCAGAUGGGUUUUCUCUUAUCUAACCAUUUUAUUUGUUUUGAAUCGAAAUAAGAUCUGUUAUUUUCUAUGGUGAGAGUGUUGUGCCUUUUUGUUUGUCUUCAAACAACCACUUUUCUUACUAACCAUGUGACUUCCCCCUAUAGGUGGUUGUGAAGAAUGAGCCGGUGCAUCCGUUUGGCCUGGCAGUGUAUGGAAACUACAUCUUCUGGACUGACUGGGUCCGCAGGGCCGUGCUCAGAGCUGACAAGUUUGUGGGUGGAGACAUGAGGUUGCUGAGAAAUGACAUCCCCCAGCAGCCAAUGGGAAUCAUCGCUGUGGCCAACGACACCAACAGCUGUGAGUGAUGGAACUCUUUGGAAGGUCAAAAGGGGGCGGGUCAUUUAUGCUGAUGAACUGCCAAUUGAGUCCAAUGUAGUCUAGAUGGUUUCAAAUUGGCACACUUAAUCAUGUCUAUGCAAAUAGACUUACACAGAUAUUACACAGGGUUACUGUAAAGCUCUUUGUGACAACUGUUUUUGUGAAAAAGGCUAUAUAAGUACAUUUGAUUGAUUGAUUGAUUGAUUCUACCAGGUGAGUUCUCUCCCUGUCUGACCAACAACGGGGGCUGUCAGGACCUGUGUCUGCUCACCUCAGAUGCGAGGGUCAACUGUAGUUGCCGUGGAGACCGCAGACUCCUGGAGGACAACUCCUGUUCAGGUGAGAAGGGGCGGGGCCUGGGGACAGUUGGAGCAGUGGUGGUUGGCUGAACUAUGCUUGGGUGAUGAGUAACUUUGCCUGUAAUCUUCCAAAGCCAGUCUCUGGGGAGAAGUGUAGAAAUCAGACCUGAAAACUGGUGUUAACCCACUGAGCGAAAUGCUAAUUUUGAUAACGAUGAUCAGUCCAAGGGCGAGUCAAUCAAUAGGUUCUCGUUAGUGUCACAGUCUGGUUAGGAUACAUGGUGCUGACUGUCUCUAUCUCUUCCUGUUCCUACUACUGUAGCUCUGAACACGUCGUGUGGCAGUGUGGAUGACUUUGAGUGUGGCAACGGGGACUGCAUCAACUACAGCCUGACCUGUGAUGGCAUGGCCCACUGCAAGGACAAGUCAGACGAGAAACAGUCCUACUGCGGUGAGUCUGUGUGUGUGUGUGUGUGUGCAUGCGUGAGUACUUGAAAUCUGUGCUUCUUGAAAUACAUGCAGUGUUGCUGUUCACCAUCUUUGCACUACAAAUGAAAGAAUUUGGAUGUCAGUUUAAUUUCAGGAGAGAGAAUAGUAUAAUAAUUGUUUAGUGAUAUUGUAUUAGUCAUAGUAAGACAACUAGAGGACAAUGUCUAAUGAUGGACUUCCUCUCUGCAGCGAACCGUCUGUGUAAGAAAGGCUACAGGCGCUGUAUCAAUGGACGCUGCAUCGGUCACAUGUUCUGGUGUGACGGGACUGACGACUGUGGAGAUCACUCAGACGAGCUGCCCUGCAACAGUAAGUAGUGUGUGUGUGUGUGUGUGUGUGUGUGUGUGCGUGCGUGCGUGUUACUAUAUUCAUUCUAAUGUGUGUGUGUUCUCCAGUGACCCUGUGCAAAGCUGGAGAGUUCCAGUGUCGAGAUGGAAGCUGCAUUUCCAACUCCAGCCGAUGUGACCAGGUGGUCAACUGUGAGGACGCUAGUGACGAGAUGAACUGCUGUAAGUCUACAACCCAUCUUUACAUGUUGGAUAUCUGUAAAGAAAGAUCAUCUGAGCUCUUUCUCUGACCCAUCCUGUAUCGCUAAUCAAGAACUGCUGUUCAGUAUGGAAUGCGUCUGAAAUGGAACACUAUUCACUAUAUACUGUAGCUAGUGCAUACAUUUUUUACAUAGCCCACAUAUGACUCUGAUCAAAGGUAGUGCUAUUUAGGGUUCCAUUUCCUAUACACUCCAUGUUGAAUGUACAGAUACUGCUCCCAAGAGCCCCUCAACUAAUCACUAAUGAUUUUUCAUUAAUGUAUGAUGUCUCUCCUCCCCAGUGCCAACUGACUGUUCCCGCUACUUCCGUCUGGGGGUGAAGGGGGCGACCUUUCAGAGCUGUGAGAGGACCACACUGUGCUACCUGCCUUCCUGGCAGUGUGACGGCAACAAUGACUGUGGAGACUUCUCAGAUGAGAGAAACUGCCCAGGUAACUGAGAGACAGACAUAUCUUACCUUUCUCCUUUUAAGGCCUAUUGUGCACUAUAUCAUUCAGACAGGGCUUUAAAUGUUAUGCGUUUUCUUUCAAACAGUGCCAAAAUGGGCGGGGUGGCACUUUUGGGACUACUCUAUUGGUUACAUUGUGCAGGCAAUGAAGCAUAGCUAUUUGAACCCCCGGUCUGACUCAUUGCCGAACUUCUUUAGGAUAUUCAAAGCGUUACACUGUACUCUCUGUCUCUCUCCACCAGACAAGAAGAAGCUGAAGUGCCCGGUGAACUUCUUUGCGUGCCCCAGUGGUCGCUGUAUCCCUAUGAGCUGGACCUGUGACAAGGAGAACGACUGUGAGAACGGAGCUGACGAGACCCACUGUGGUCAGUCUACUUGACCAAUAUAGAUACCUUCUGUGCUUCCCCCAUUCCCUUAACUGAUGUAAUACACAACUUUGUAUUGUACUGUCGUGCCAUCAAGAUCAAAACAGUGUGGUUGUCACGUUCGUUGAAUGACGGGUCAGACCAAGGCGCAGCGUGAUAUACGUACAUGUUUAUUUUAACUUAUCAACACAACGACAAAACAACAACCGAAACGUGAAGUCCAAGGUAGAACACACAACAUACCUUACAAGAUCCCACAACUACACAGUGCCAAUAGGCUGCCUAAGUAUGAUCCCCAAUCAGAGACAACGAGCGACAGCUGCCUCUGAUUGGGAACCACACCGGCCAACAUAGAUCUAUACAUACUAGAAUACAACAUAGAAUAUAUACAACAAGGAAUAUACACACCCUGACUCAACAUAUACGAGUCCCCUGAGUCAGGGCGUGACAGUUGUCUCCCUGCAUUUUCAAUAGAUAAACACAAAAGGCAUAGAUCAAAGUUUAAAAGUUCAUUCAAAGAAGUUGUCCUAAUUUCAAUAUUUUUUGUACAUUUGGUGAUAAAUUUAUUCUUACACAAAGUAACCCAGAUUAAAUUCGAUAACAUUUUCCCUCUGUCUUUGCAGAUAAGUUCUGUAUGUCCACCGAGUUUGAGUGUGGGAACCAUCGCUGUAUCUCCAACCACUGGGUGUGUGACGGCGCUGACGACUGUGGUGACAAUAGUGACGAGGACAGCAGAUGCAGUGAGUGA